AUGGCAUCGCAGCCUUCUCACGUCAAUUUCCCAGAGAAGACCUCCGCUACUCCCGGCGAAGAGUUCGAGGUUCGCCAGACGUCAACAUCGGAGGACUGGCACCCGGAUCCAUCCAAGUCACUCCCGCUUUCACCGGCCCGGCAGGCAUUGAUCGAUGACAUCAUUGCCUUGUAUUCCAUGAAGCCGACCGUGGAGAGGGUGAAGCGGUACACGCCCGAUUGUGUUUACGACGACCAGUUCGUGUACGCCAAUGAUCGCUACAAGAUGGCCGGUCAGUGGUUUGCUUUGCCCAAGCUCUUCAAUGCGAGCAAGAAUGAGGGGUAUGAAAUCAUCAAGAACGACCGCGACUUGAUCCAGUUCAAGAACGAACAGAGCUGGACUUUCAAGCUGUUUCCCAAAACUGCGAGAAUCAACGCGCUGGUGAGCCUCAGUUUGGAUCCGGGGACUGUGGAUAGCGACUUCAUUCAAGUCAAGUACCACAAGGAUCAGGCGAAUGACAAGGAUUAUAGUCAUGAAGGUGUCGGUUUUUCGUUCAAAAAAUGGCAAGCUGACAAUGUUGCCAAGUAUAUGAACAGCAAGGAAGUUGAGGUCUUCAUCGCGGACAAGGAUGCGAGCAAGAAUAAAGUCAAAAAGUACGGCACCGGUACUGCAGAGGGGAAUGCGCCAACCAAGAACUUUUAA